UAUGACGUGUUUAUCGUGGAAUAGAUUAAAUGAUAAUGAUUUGGUUUUGGCCCAAAAAAUUCAAUUCCUGGAAUGUCUCUCGUGAGUUGUGAAAGGUUAUUGUGUUCUAAGGUCAAGGUUUUUCUUCUUAUGACCUCAUGAUUGACUAAUUUUCGUACGUGGUAAAAGUAGUAUGGAAAGUAUUAACAACGAUAAAAUACAGAAGACACUCGUGACACCGGGAAUUGGUGGUCAGCCUACUUUCUCCAACGGAACAAAAGUAUCGUUUCAUUUUGUCACGCGAAUUGUUGGCACUAACAUUGUGGUAGAUGAUAGUUACAAAUGGCCCAAGCACAUGGAAAUCGUUUUGGGAAAAAAAUUCAAAUUAGAAGUUUGGGAAACUAUUUUGAAGUCAAUGCGUGAAAGAGAAAUUUCAAAAUUUAUUGUUCAUAAAAGUUUGGUAGCGUCUUAUCCGUUCAUUUCCAAGACGUUGCGAGAUGCUGGUCGUACGUCAAUCCCCAGCACAAGUCAUUGUUGCACAGCACAACUUCAAAAAAACGGCACCGGUUACGAUGAUCUUAACGAUUUACUAGCGGAACCAGCGGAUUUGGAAUUCACUAUAGAUUUGUUGAAGAUCGAGGUUCCGGGUUCUUACGAAAAGGAGACUUGGCUAAUGGAUGAAAACGAAAAACGAAACACGAUACCCGAACUCAAAGAAGCCGGCAACGAGUUAUACCACAAAGGUAAAUACAAAGAAGCCGAAGAAAAAUACAUGUUGGCUCUCGGAUUUUUAGAACAAAUCAUGAUGAAACUCAAACCGCAUGAAAAGGAAUGGGACGAAUUGAACAAAAUAAAAAUCCCGCUGUUACUGAAUUUGGCUCAAUGCAAGCUUAUUUCCAAGGAUUAUUACCAAGUCAUAGAACACUGUACAUCAAUUUUGAAUGACGAUCCUGAUAAUGUCAAAGCAUUGUUUAGACGUGGAAAAGCAAAUAUAUCUGUAUGGAAAAUGAAUGAAGCUAGAAAAGAUUUAAAACAUCUCUCGACUCUUGAUCCUAGUAUGCAAGUUUCGGUUAACCGAUUACUUUGUCAAAUUAACGAAGCAUUGAAAAUAAAAGAUGACGAAGAUAGACAAAAAUUAAGAGGAAAACUUUUCUGAAAAAUUGUUUUUUCAUUUUAAAUAUUAAAUUAUGAUGUUGUUGUUAUAAAAUAUAUUAUUUUGGUUUGCUUUUUACAGGAUGCAUGGUAUUUGGAUUUAUUAUUUGGGUUUUAGGUAAUCAUUUAUACAUAAAAUGAAAAAUGUAUAAAUUCUAUAUUUUUCAAACUGUCAUUAAUUACA